UCUACGUCAACAGAACAGUCAUCAGAAAAAUCAACAACACCAGAUCAGUCAACAACAAUUUCCUCAACUACACAACAGUCAACUACAUCUACGUCAACAGAACAGUCAACAGAAAAAUCAACAACACCAGAUCAGUCAACAACAAUUUCCUCAACUACACAUCAGUCAACUACAGUUGAGUCAACAUCUAUAG